AAUUUACAGCUGUCCAUUUCACUUAUUGGACCAAACGUCACACCAGACAUAAGGACAAUACAACUAACUGCUAAAACGACUAGCUAAUUUUUAUUAUUAUGUAUAUAACUUGAUUAUAUUUCAGUGAAUAUUUUGUAGUCUAUAUGAAGAGGAGAAAUUAAUGCUUUUUAUUGAUUUUAUUAAAGUCCAGACAUGACAGAGAUACAAUGAUUGAGAUCAGAAACAUGUUCAGUAUUGAUAAGAAUGAAAAUUCAGUAGAAGAUCAAGAGUGAAAACUUGUGAAAAGCAUGUAAAGGUCAAUCUGGAUGUAUAAUAUAUGGUUUGUGAUCAGUUUACCUGGUUACUGACGUCAAUUUCGUCUGAUGUCAUACAGUACGUCUGAUGGUGUAUUGAGCGGAAGAUAUAGGCCUACUUUCUGUUGCUUGAAAAAGUAGUAUUUAAUUAAUUACUUAAAAUUACUUAAUUUUAAAAACAUAUAUUAACAUUGGGCCACCAUGUUGAUCAGGUACGUUUGAUGAAUUCUGAAUGAAAUGGUACUUCUUAGCAAUGACGGUCUGAGUUGUGCUGUGCCUGGCCUGCUGUGUUUUUGUUACCAUGCUUUAUUUAAACUGGAAUAACAAAUGGAAAACUUUUAAGCAUCAUUAAUACAUUAAACAUGAAUUAUUUUAAAUCUGAUUAUCAGGUUUAUCUGCUCUAACUAUUAUUUUGAUUUAGCCAUUAGCAAUUAGCAUUAGCAUUGCAUUACCAUCUUUUGUGUCUCAGUGUAUAUGCAGUCAGUUUUAGUUGAUAGUAGUUUGAUCUUUCGGUGUAUUUAAGUUUUGUAUAUAUGUAUUAAUUUACUCAACUGAUGACUUUUGACAAUUUAAUUGAAUAAUGAUAAAAAAUAUAUAUGUAUGAUAGGCUACAUCUGAAUUAUGAAUUCAGUGAUCAAUGAAUGAAUGAUUCCCCUCAAUAAAAUACUGUAAUAACUAAAAUAGUAAUAAAAUAGUAAUAACUACUGUAAUAAAAUAGUAAUAAUGGUUGUGUCUGACUUAAAAAUAAUAAUAGUGUCUGACUUAAAAGAAUGUAUAAGUUUUACCCAGAGGCAUAGCAAAGAAAAGUGGUGAGGAGUAAAUUUUUACAUACACGUGUUUUCAUCUCUAAUAAGACAAGCGAUGCAUUCACAUACAUCUUUAUACUUACGGUUUUAUCUAGACUUUAAUUAGUAACUUCUAAAUUCAUGAAAAAAAAAUUUCUCCCAUGUAAUAUCAGUGAUGCACAAUCUAUUCUGCACACAACCUAUUCUGAGCAGGGUUUGGUUAAUUUUUGUAAUAUACCUGUAACAGGUUCUAAAAUGUGUCACUUGAUUUAUACAUAUUAUACAUUAAAAAUUGAUUUGUGGUGUUAUUUAUAAUAAAUACUUUGAAAUUUACCAGGCAGCGGGGCUUCAGCUGGGUCUUUAAGCACAUAUGGCUACAAUUAUUUCCCUCUUGGUGUCUGUGAUUCCCUAAAUGUAAUUAUUAUCACUUAAAGUGUGUGUGCAGGUUUGACUGUGAGCAGAGGCAGCCUAAGCAGUUCGGGGGCCCAUUUCAAACAAACAGUCCCUCAAAUUAACAGUGGUGGCAUUUUCACCCCAGGCUCCAGUUAAUUUUUAAACCUGGUGUCUGAGUGGCGUGAUGGUGGAGCUCUUUUUUUCUUCUUCUUCUUCUUUUUCUGUAAGGGUUACGUUUAGGUAGUGGUAUCCAGCUAACAGUGUUGGGCUUGUUACCCAAAGAAAAAAAAAAUUAUUACUCAUUACUCGUUACUCUUUCAAAACUAAUAUUGUUACUUUACUUAUUACUCCCUGCCAACAGUAAUUCCUUACAGUACUCGUUAUAUUACUCAUUACACCCCACAAGCCAUGUAAUGCCAGAGUUAAGUAAUGCCACAACUUACAUUUGACAGCGGUGUUCUUGUCAACUAUUCUAAAUAUUAUGUAUUAUAAAAUCAAAGUAAUGGCAACAUUUCCAGCUGCUGAAUAUAAGCAAAUAUAAGUCUUUAUAUAAGUAAAUAUAAGUCUUUAAGCACAGACUGUUUACUCGGCGGCCAUUUCGGCCAUUUGCAACAUCUCUAGGCAGCUAUAGAGUGUUGCAGGUGUGAUGUCUUAACUCGGAAGACUAAUUCGCCACUGGUUCCCUCGAGAUUUUCCUAUGGAUUUUUAUAAUGUGGUUUUCUGCAGUAAUAAUGUCUUGACAAUCCUGGACGUUUUGCUCUAAAACAUAAUACACACACUCCUAUCAAAAAUGCAAAUUUAAAAGCUGUUUUGUUUAUUUAAAAAAAAAAAAAAAAGUCAUUAGUUAAAAACGUUUGGGGUGUGAGUGUGCGCAGUUAACAUUACAGAGCAAAACGUCCAAGUGUCGUCAAAUUAUGUUUUACCACAGACCUUAUUUUACUCAUAAAUGUAAAAACCCCAUUAUAGAAAAAAACCCAUAGGAAAAUAUUGAGGGAACCACUGGCGAAUUAGUCUUUCGGGUUUGACAUCUUAGCUGCAGCACUCUAUCUCAGGCAUCCAAGACCAAGUCCUAUUAAAUGGGGAAAUCCUGAAAUCUUAAAAACUGAUUGCUACACCCACAUUUAAAUUACAGAUAUUUUAAAUCAGCUACAAACAUCUGAUGUGAACUGCCCCAUAAAUGUCUUAAAUAGCCUUAAAACAGCUUAUAUUUCAGGCUGGUUUUAAGUGUGCAUCUCAGAACACAGUUCUGGCACACUUCAUGUGCACUUGCAGUCUUAAGGAUUUACAAUGGCCACCGUGUGAGUGUGUCCGUUAACUCCACGAGACCCAGGGUAGGGUGUAGGGUGUCCCAUUUGUCAUUUUAGGCCCUGUCUCAAAACGCACCUUAAACCCUUGUGGUCUUCCUUUGAGUCCAAGCCCUCGAGCUCCGCAGCAGACUUCUACCCGACAGUCAAAGCGGCAUUACAUCACAAAAGUGUGGACUCAAAGGAAGACUGUGAGGGUUUAGGGUGUAAUUUGGGACAGGGCCAAAUUGAUGCUUCCUCGAGUCGUUUCCUCACUCCUCCAGCCUGUGAUCCAGAAACCGAUCAAAGUGAGCCAUUACCAAAAGGCAAUAGAAAAUUAACCUGAUAAAAAAACAAUGAAAGUCUUUGAGAUGUCCUCAAACAAACAUGUGUGUGUGUGUGUGUGUUAGAAUAAUUGCUACAACCCUGGUUUUAUCCUCCAUUAACAAACAAAUAUAAAAACUUAACAUCCAACAUUAAAAAUAAACUGACAGAUCACUUUUGUCCACUGACAAAAAUUAGAUUAUUUAACCACAAAGUCAUCUUAUCCCACCUGUGUGGGAAUCAAACUUUGACUUUGCCUUCACUAGUGUCAUGAUCUACCACAGGAAUUUUUUGUUCUGUCUCUGCAGAUGGUGCUUCAUCUGUGUGUUUACAGUACUGAUAAAUAAAGUGUCUCUGCAGGUCACGGUAAAGGCUGUUAUUGGUGGUUCAGUUGUCCUGCCGUGUUCUUCCACUGAACAUGAUCUUAAACUCCAAGACACUGAUGUGCACUGGAGAAACAAUAAUGACAAAAUUGUGUAUAGUAUAAUUAAGGGUAAAUAUUCAGUAGAUGGACAGGACCCACAGUACAAGAACAGAGCUGAAACUUUCCCAUCAGAGAAUGAGAGAGGACACUUCCCCCUCAAACUCAACAAUCUGACAAAUGCUGAUGCAGGAGAGUUCAACUGCUUCAUCACACACUUAUCUCAACAGGAGACUGUACAACUAAUCAUCGAAUCACUAGCAGAAAAAGAAAUCAAAUCCACCAAACAAGAAAACCAAGAAGAAGAAACGGGUGCAGACAGUGUGGAGACAUCAUCACAUGCAAUUUACAUUGUAACAGCUGUAUUAUUGUUGCUGAUAGUAUCUAUAGUGUGUUUCUUCAUUUUUAUCUGUAAAAGAAUAAUUUAAGCUGCCCCAUGCUCUUCUGCCUCAACUGAAGUACAAAGAACAGUGACAGAAAUGACAAGUUGGGUCGAAAAGUUUCACCUUUCACUUUUUUGGUCUGAAGUGUUGCUAAAAAGCUACAUAUGCCCGUGACCAUGGUGGCCGAGCCUGGGGUCCUGGGUAAGGCCAUGAAGGCCCAUCCUCCCUGGUCUCCUAAGUUGCCGGCGCCGCCCUGGUCUCCUGAGUUGCCGGCACUACCCUGGCCCCCUGAACUGUCGGCACCGCCCUGGUCCCCUGAACCAGUGCUACCCUGGAGGCUUCCCCUCUUGUUUAACUUUCUUCAAGCCAGCCUCCAGGGCAUACACCCUCCCACCCCACUUGACCCCACUGUCCUUCUGGGAGGGGGGAGUAAUGUCACAGUUUAGGGUUGCCUUUUGCUUGUGUCUUCUGUUCCUGUGUUUCUUUGUUCAGUUUCCCGCCACUCUUGUUUCCACAGUUACUGUCAUGAUUUGUUUUAGCUGUGUGUCAUUAUUUAUCUCAUUUCUCUUUCCUAUUUAAGCUGCACCCUUGCCUUCACUCUUUUUCCAGUCACUGUUAUGUUUAGAUGUGUUUGCAUUGCCUGUUUGCCUGCCUUAAAUUAAACCUUUUGAGUUUUUGAAAACCUGAUUCUUCUGUCUUCUUCGGAUUACCUGCACACACUGUUACAGUAAUCUGUUUGAAAAGAGAGAUGUCAGUCAUUCACAAGUCACCUCGUUAUCCUCACAAUUUGAUUAAAAAAAAAAAAAAAAAAAAUCAAUAAAAAAUAAAAAGUAUUGCAUAGAACCCUACAUAUAGAACUAAAACCCCCUCAGAUCCCAGAGGGUUAACCCCUGAGUUUCAUUUUUGCCUUGAUGCGACCAUGGAGGUCAUACCUGCACUUCCUGUUCACCUCGACGCAACAGCAGUGGUCGCACCUGAACUUUGUGUUUGCCUCAACACGACUGCAGAGGUCAUACAUGAACUUCCUCAUUGCCUCAACACAACCGUAGAGGUUGUACACGAACUUCCUGAAAACCAGAGACACCUUGCUGAUCCAGUUAUUUCCAUGGAGGGCGCCCUCGAGGUGUCUGCCUGUUUUGUAAUGCUUCCUGCGGCCAAUGCUAACGUUUCUGUGCUUUGUGUUUCAGUUUUGCCUGAUCUAGCCGUGUCUGUCCCACUAGAUAUGCGCUGGGGGUCUUCUGUCUCAUCUGAUAUGCUAUGGUGGUCUUCUGCUCUGCCUUGGAGGUCUGCCCUACCUGCUCAGCCUGCGCUACCCUGGCCACUGCUCCACGGACCAGGCCCACCACUGCUUCAUGGUCUAGACUCACCUUUGCUCCAUGGACCAGGCCCACCACAGCUCUACUUCCCUGGACUGCCAGAACCCCAUGACCUUCUGCUCCACAACCCAGGUCCACCAGUGCUCCAUGCCCUAGGUCCGGCAGUGCACCAUGACCCUCUGCUCCACGGCCCAAGUCCGCCAGUGCACCAGAACCUUCUGCUCCAAGUCCCAGAUCUGCCAUUGCUCCAUGGCCCUGGUCUGCCAAAGCACCAUGACCCACUGCUUCAUGGUCAAGGCCCGCCAUUGCUCCAAGCUCCAGGCCCCCCUCUGCUCCACAAUCCAAGUCCACUGCCAUGCCAUGAUCCAGGUCCAGUUCCCCUUCACAGGCCUGGCCCUCCAUCCCACCCCCUGGACUUCCUUCACUCCACCACCCUCUUGGACUUUUUGUUGUUUUUGUGGUUGUUUUUUUUUUUUUUUUUUUUGGUUGUUUUUCAUGUCUUUUAUUUUGUCUUUUUUAUAGUCAUGGUUCCUGUCAUGUUCCAUCAUUACUUGUUCUCUGGGGCUAAGCCCUUUAUCUCUUCUGACCCUAGCAACACUCCUGGCUUCUUCCUGCAGAGUCCGGAUUUCACCCGGCGAUUCUUGGUUUAGGUAGAUGCUUUAGCCAUGGGGAUUGGAGCUGUCCUGGCCCAGGAAUACCAAAGGCCUAUGGUAUUUCUUAGCUGAAAGUUGCUAUCAAGAGAAAAAAGAUAUUCAACGAUUGAAAAAGAGUCUCUGUUACUGUUUGCUUGGAAAAGUGUUUGACUUGGAAACUGACCAUUCGGCCCUCAGUUGGAUCAACACCAUGAAGGACCACAAUGCAAAGGUCACCCAGUGGUACCUAUCCCUACAACCCUUCCAAUUCCAAGUGCGGCACAUCCCUGGGAAGAGGAAUGUUGUGGCAGACUACCUGUCUCGUGUAACGUACUGUAGUCCUCCAGGAGAAGGAGGAUGUGAUGUGGAGGAGGAAAUCUAGCCUUGGCUGAAUGGCACUGGUUUACGCUGGUUUACUGGUUUACACAUACAUACACACAGCUCAUUCACUUUUUACCCUCCGUUGCUGCUGUAGUGGUGGGUGCACACGCUAACUUCAGGCACAUGGACAUUAAUCACGGCAUCUCAACUCCUUCCCAUUCCGUAUAUAUAACACAUAUUAUUCACACUUUUUUGCUGGAGUAUAUAUGGAGGAUACGUGUAUAUAUUUAUAAACAAAUAUCUAUAGAUUUUGUAUUAUUAUUUUGCUGUUUGUGAUUCUUUUGCCUGUUUAUUUUUGUACAUUUUUUUCUUUGUAAAUAUUGCACAUCUGUGGAUUACCAAAGCCUCACUGUUAAUAAACAUCACCUUGCACCAGACUGCAUUUUUUCGAGUUGUAGAAAUACAAUUAAUUUUGUAAUUUACUGUUGUCAUUACAAACCUUUCUACUUCUCUACUAUAGUAAGGAGCCUCAAACUGAAUGUUUUUGUCUCACUGUUGUGUGGCGCCCUCUACUGGAUAAAGAUCUGAACCAAAUCUUUAAAAAACUGUAUGCAGUGACCCUAAAAAUGUUUGGAGACCCAAUCCACACUUUAAAAUGUUAUUAUAUGACAAAAUAUUAAACCAAAUGACAUUUAUUUAAAUAAAUAUAGCACAAACACACUGUGUAGGAGCCUGUUUUUGCUUAGAUUCAGCUUUUGAAUAUUUUUGUUUAUAUUGUUUUCAUUUGUAAGCUUAAUUUAUGUAUACCAUUUAGAUAAAUAUUCUGUUUUUUUUACAUUGAAAAUAUGUAAUAUGUUAAAAUUGUGUACUGGCUCUUUAAGAAUUAAGACUGUGAGGUUGGGCGGUAGUGCGCUCUGGAAUACAGUGGAGUCGCACAGUUCUCUUUACCGCAUCCAUGAUAUUUAAGAUUUAAGAUCAUAUUUAGCUUUUUUAUUUUAUUUGUUUGAUUGAACUUCGAAUCAAGAUUAAAGGAAGAUAUUUGCUCAGAAAAUGGAGUAUGUGCAUUGUUUUAUUGUACACG